UCAUAGCUGAGUGAAGAUGGCGGUUCAGAGAGUGAUGCUGUCAACAAGAGUUUGAGUUCACCUCUCAUUUUUUAAACUUAGUAAACCUUUGAGGAACGCUUACGGAUAGCUGCAUAAGAAAACUGUAUCGAUCACUCUGCUGAUGAACUCCCUCCAAUAAGGUGUCUGAACACAAGCUGAGAUUCACACACUUCUACCAAGGAUAAAUCAACUUACACUGACUGAUUUAACAAGCUCUCUUAUGACCAGCUGCAGCUGAGAGAAGUUCUGACUCAAUGGUGAAUGUACUUUCCGUGCUGGGCCUCUACUGGGGGCCAUGUUCAUCAUCCUGCCCUAGUGGUGAACACCCUCAGAGUACUUGCUGCUGAGGCCAGUGGGGCAAGUGGAGCACCGGCCUCGAAGCUCUCCAAAAUAUACAAAAGAGCACUCUACACCGAGAAGCACAUGCUUAUUUGAAAGUUUAGUGCACAGCAACACAAAAGAAGUCAGUGGUUAGACAGCUGAUCCUUUGUCGAGUGGUGGUGGAGUGUCGAGAGAGAUCAAGAAACCCAAUCCUCUUAUCCCAAGACGCCAGCCAAGAGUGAGUGCACUCAGGGAACACGUGGUGGGGGUGAAAGUGCGUGUUGACCUCAUUGAAGGACUGGGGCUAGAGGCAGCAAUCAAAGUGGAGACACACCUCAUGGACUAUGGGGGCCAUGGUGACCUAGCAUAAAUGGCUACUCUUGACCCAAAGCUUGUGCCGGUGUCUGCUGCUCAACCUUUUUCCUUCUUCCUCCUCUUUUCCUCUCUGUUGUCUUACUCUUGCUGCAAACAUUGCAACAGUCAUCCUCUCAGCCUCCCCUCUGCCCCCCUCCCUUCCCCGGUCCCGCUUUCGCAUUGUGGCCAUGGGGCUGUGGAAGUUAGUGCGGGGCGUCAGGCAACUCGAGCUCCACCGCCUCAUCCUGGCGCUCAUCGUCUUUUGCCUGCUUUCCAUGGCUUUCCUGGCCUACUAUGUCAGCAACAGUCCUAAAAUUAAAGAGGCGCCCCCUUUGCCCUUCAGUGACUGUGGUGGAGUUGUCGCGGCCGCAGCAGGAGGGCAACGGGCUCCUCUUUUCCUGCCAACAUUCACAGGCAGGCAGAGGACGGUUAAAGUGGUGGAUAACUCUCGAACGGAACCUGUGGUGCUUGUCUUUGUGGAGAGCAUUUACUCUCAACUCGGACAAGAAAUUGUAGCUAUCCUCGAGUCCAGCCGCUUCCGUUACCACAUUGAGAUCGCACCCAGCAAAGGCGACAUGCCUACAUUGAUGGAGCGUGAUGUUGGUCGCUAUGCCCUGGUCAUUUAUGAGAACAUUCUCAAGUAUGUCAACUUAGAUGCUUGGAAUCGUGACCUGCUGGAUAAAUAUUGCGCAGAAUUUGGCGUGGGCAUCAUUGGCUUUUUCAAAGCCAAUGAGAACUCCUUGCUCAGUGCCCAGCUGAAGGGCUUUCCACUUUUCCUGCACUCUAACCUGGGCCUACAGGAUUACCACAUCAACCCAGCUGCCCCAUUACUGUACAUUACUAAACCCAAUGAGGUGGAGCAGGGCCCACUUCCUGGUGAUGACUGGACGGUCUUUCAGUCUAACCACAGCACCUACGAGCCUGUGCUUCUGGCCGUCACAAAGUCCUCAGAAGCACUGGCCCACCUGGGCCCCCACCGAGCCCUUCAUGCCACUAUAGUUCAGGACCUUGGCCUCCACGAUGGCAUUCAGAGAGUGCUUUUUGGCAACAAUCUGUCAUUUUGGUUGCACAAGUUGAUUUUUGUGGAUGCCAUAUCCUAUCUGACAGGAAAAAGACUCUGCCUGUCCUUGGAGAGGCAUCUGCUAGUUGACGUGGAUGAUAUAUUUGUGGGAAAGGAGGGGACGCGGAUGAAGGUGACGGAUGUGAAGGCUUUGCUCGACACACAGAAUAAACUACGGACGCUAGUUCCCAACUUCACCUUCAAUCUUGGCUUCUCUGGAAAGUUCUACCAUGCAGGUACAGAGGAGGAGGAUGAAGGUGAUGACAUGCUGUUACAGCACCGGCAUGAGUUCUGGUGGUUUCCACACAUGUGGAGUCACAUGCAGCCUCACCUCUUCCACAAUGUCAGCGUGUUGGCAGAGCAAAUGAGACUCAACAUGCAGUUUGCACAGGAGCAUGGUAUUCCCACAGACAUGGGGUAUGCUGUGGCCCCGCAUCAUUCAGGGGUUUAUCCCAUACACAGCCAGCUGUACGAGGCCUGGAAGAGUGUGUGGGGGAUCACAGUGACCAGCACAGAAGAAUAUCCACACCUGAGGCCAGCACGCCAUCGCAGAGGCUUCAUACAUCGUGACAUAAAGGUGUUGCCCAGGCAGACAUGUGGCCUGUUUACUCACACUAUCUUCUAUAAUGAGUACCCUGGAGGCUCUCGGGAGCUGGACAAGAGCAUACGUGGAGGAGAACUCUUCCUCACUGUCCUCCUAAACCCUAUCAGCAUCUUUAUGACACACCUGUCUAACUACGGAAAUGAUCGGCUCGGCCUUUAUACCUUUGAGUCUCUUGUGAAGUUUGUGCAGUGCUGGACCAACGUACGGCUAGAGACUUUACCUCCAAUGGAACUAGCCGAGAAAUAUUUCCAAAUCUUUCCAGAGGAGAUGGACCCCCUAUGGCAGAACCCCUGCCAUGACAAGAGACAUAAAGACAUCUGGUCCAAAGAGAAGACCUGUGAUAGGCUGCCCAAAUUUCUGGUUAUUGGCCCACAGAAAACGGGUACCACAGCUUUGCACUCCUUUCUGACCCUUCACCCUGCCAUCACCAGCAACUUCCCCAGCACAGUCACAUUUGAGGAGAUCCAGUUCUUUAACGGGCAGAAUUACCACAAUGGCAUUGACUGGUACAUGGACUUCUUUCCAUUCCCCUCCAAUGUCAGCACAGACUUCAUGUUUGAAAAAAGUGCCAACUACUUUGACACAGAGGUUGCUCCAAAGAGGGCCGCCGCCUUACUGCCCAGAGCCAAGGUCAUAGCAGUGCUCAUCAACCCAGCCGACAGAGCCUACUCUUGGUAUCAGCAUCAGCGAGCUCACCAGGACCCUGCUGCAAUAAACCACACUUUCCACGAGGUUGUAACAGCAGGUCCCUCUGCAUCAAAAGAGCUAUUGACCCUUCAGAACCGCAGCCUUCAGCCCGGGACUUACGCCACACAUCUAGAGCACUGGCUUAUACACUACCAGGCCAGACAGCUCCAUAUUGUAGAUGGCACCCUUCUCCGAUCUAACCCAGUCCUGGUGAUGGAUGGCAUCCAGCGGUUCCUUGGGGUCACGCCCAUCUUCAACUACACCCAGGCCCUUGUCUUUGAUGAAGGUAAAGGAUUCUGGUGUCAGAGGUUGGAAGGUGGGCGUCCUAAGUGUCUGGGGAAGAGUAAAGGCAGAAAAUAUCCUGAAAUGGCCCCUGAGACACGUGCCUUCCUGACGGAGUACUAUCGGGAGCAUAACCUGGAAUUGUUGCGACUGCUGAAUCGGCUGGGCCAGACAUUACCUACCUGGCUCAGAGAAGAGCUCCAGAGCAGCAGCUGGAGCUGAGAGGACGUCUCCUGCUCCUCCAGUAUCGGAACACCUAAAAAAAACAAGCCGCUUACAGAGGUACCAAAACCACUUGGUUCAAAACUAUAGUAGCAGAUGGCUUUGAGUGGACUGCAAACUUCAGCCUCUCCCUGCUGCCAAGGUGCUCACAUGCCUUGUCUGGCAUGUUGAAGAUGAGGGAAUGCUGGGAUAUGUAGUCCCUUCUCUUCUCUUAAUGACAGAUCUACCUAUCAGGACCAGAACGCACAACCAGUGUGGACAAGCAUGAAUUCACUGGUGACUUAAGUGUGUUAAUGCACACUAGUACUCAUACAAAAACUCACACACACACACACACACACAGUCUAGCCUUGCUCAUCUCUCCUGAGGAAUGAUUGUAAAGCAUUGUACAUUUAAAAGCGUUGUAUAUUUUGGGUCUGGGUGGGUAAGAUUAUAACUGAAUAGACAUCAGUUGAACCUGAAAACGUUUGUGUACAGCCAGAUCUCUGUUUGAGUAGGACACUUAGAGGACGACAGAUCUGCAGCCCUUCUCUUCUCCACACGCACAAACGCACAAAGCUGGACCAGAAACCAAACGGAAAGAAAGUAUUUGCAAUCGAGGGAGCAAUGUCUCAUCUCCCACUAGAAUCCAGUGAAGUGUCUUAUCAGGUGUUAUCCCUGUAUUUAUCCUAACCAUGCACUUUCCUCUACACUACGCACACUGACGUGGAAGUUAAUGUAGAUGCUGUGGCAGAUGUGUUGUGUGUCAUGAGCAGUGAAAGCGGGAGAGGAGAAGGGCUGUCCUGUGCUGUGUAGUCUGUCCUAUACAAGGAGAAGCUGCUGUCUAGUCUAUUUUUCGUUUUUCUUUUCUUUUGUUUUUGUAAAAAAAAAAACUGUAUUUUAAAAACUCCCAACGCUGUAUUAUCUCUAAUAAACUCUUAGAGAGGUUGGA